CAUGCAACGUGUAUGGUUUGAAUGACUUCAGCAAAGUUCCUGUUUCCCUUACAGAACUGCUUGAUUUUUAAGUCAGCAAGUGUCUGGAUUCUUCACCGUGGUGUACAGCAGCUGAAGAAAUUAUUGUAAUACACAAACUCUGCUUCCAACAGAAAUAGAAAGGGCUAUAAGUUUCAAACAAUAAUUGUAUUUCAUCUGCCAUUUCUCAGUGAAAGUCGCAGCCUGUUGUUUCUGUGGAACAAUUCCUUGAAAAGCUCCAUUUCAAACACUGUUGAACAGGAAAUAAGCACAGUGUGGAAAGAAGGAUGACUUCUCACAAUAUGACGUGGAUCAUCUACCCAAGCAAGAGCCAACUUUUCACCUCCCCAGAAGAAAUCGAAGCCAUCAUAGCUUCUCAAAACAUCAUAUCCAGAUUUAUGCACUGUUACAUUGCCUUUUUUGUACCUGCAGGAUUAAUAGCUGGCAUAUGUAUUUUGAUCAUUUUCAUAAAGAAUCAUUUGCAGAACAAAAGAGCAAGCUUGGACUUACUUCUUUUACACUUCACCAUCAGCAAUAUCAUAAUGAUUUUUUUAUCCUUUACUGUCAUCGCUAGACCUGACUAUUUAACAGCAACCUAUCUUGCCUGUAGCGUACUGUCAUUUUUUUUCAACUUUGUUUAUUUCAAUUCUCAGUACGUUCUCAUUUUGAUACUUCUCACACUAUUAUUGGAGAGAUUUCCACCACGGACUGCUCUCUGCAGAGCCACCCAAAGACCCAUUUUGUGUGUUGGGUUUGUACUCACGUACACCUUCUGUUUGUCCCUGACGGAGGCAGUGCUGAUUGGCACUGAUAAUUAUCACCUGCAAGCACACUGCCAGCUGGACCCAUUAUUUGCAUGGCCUGAGUAUGAGAUUGUUAAAUUCACCUUUGGGUUUGGAAUCCCAUCCUUACUCCAGAUCCCCUGUUUUACUGUUCUGUGGGCUAAAGAAGCACGUGCUGGAGCUCCAGCCUUGUGGCAGCACGUCCGCGCUUACCCCGCCGUGUACGCGACGGGCGCGACGAUGUUCAUCUGCCGCCUGUUCUACAACGUCAUGAUUCUCUUCAGGACAGCACUGAAGCUACAGAGGAGCAUCGGAACGACAAAGAACGAGCUUGUGAUGAACAUUGCAGAAAUAGUGAUGUUCUGUGAGAGCUGUGCUAGUUUGGUAGUUAUACUUUGUUUUUAUAAACCGUUCAGGGAUGAAGUACUUGAAGUCGUACAGAAGUGCCGAAGGAAAACCCGUACCAACAACCACCUUGAAAUACCAGAAACAGCCAUGACACGUCAAAGUGGGUCUCAGUAAUACUUUCUCUUCUUAACUGUCAAUCCACUGCACUUUUUAGCUUGUGGGUUUUGGUUUGGUUUUUUACUUCUUCAAAAAAAGGGCAAUUGUUCCUUCUUUAGAACCCAAACUUGGCUUAUCUUACAGCUAGCAGUACUAGAAGAAUAAAGAUGACCAGUUCUAAUUCUUACAGUGAAAUCUGUAAAAAAACUUCCAGGGUCUGGGGCUGUUUGGGUUUUUUUUCAUA